AUGUGCCAACGAUCCACUGGUAUGAAGCCUAAAACACGAGUUGCCUCGAGUAGCCAUAUGAUGCCAUCAAAGAAGAAGGAUGCUUUCUUCAGCACCAACAAUAUCGCAACCCGAUCCACUGGUAUUCAACAACACCGACAAAAACAUCAUAUGACGACCAAUAAGCGUUAUGCUCCCACAUACAGGGAACUAAUGCAAAUAUCAGAGGCAAGGCAACGAGUAUCGAUUUAUGAAAAGGCAUUCAAGCAUUUUGGCAAGGCGGACUCGAAAUUAUCGACAUGGAUUAAACGCGUUCGAGCAAAAGGGCUUCCUGAGCCGAUGAAGGAAGGUUACCAACCAAAAAGAAGGCGUUGUGACCAACACGCGGCUACAUCACGAGGUGCAAACCCAACAAAUCCAUCCAUUAGUACAUCUAUCAAAAGUAUUUUGCUUCGAAAAGCUUCAGCACCCUCCAUGACGACUACCACUACUAGCAAACUAAGGAAAGAUGCAUCAAUGGCUGAUACACCACCGCGUCCUUCCUUGAGUGAAUUGCUUCGUCAAACACCUUCCAUCCCUCGUUUAUCAAUGUCUAUUUCCACAAGGUCCAAAAUAUCCCCACGAGCAGAAGGUGAUCAACAUCACAAAUAUCAGGCUACUAUUACUACCACCACCGCCACACGUGGUCAUCCUCCCACACCAGCCCACCCAAGAAAUGGGAUUCCCUCCAAACUAUGGCAGCGUCACUCCAUGCAACCACCGCCACCCACACCUGAUAAUCGGAAAAGUCAUCAUGUUAAACCAACAUCUUAUUCAUCCAUUUCCAGCAGUCUAUCAUCAAGAAUCGCUCGUACAAGGAAAUCAAUCGAUUUAUGGAUGUUGGGUGCUGAGAAGAAAAAGCAAGCUGAUGAGAAGAUCUACAACGUUGAUAAUGAAGAUGCGGUGGAUGUCCGGUCAUCAUCAAUGAGCCAUAAGCAAGUAGAGAUGGCGACUUUGCAAGCAUUGAAUGGGAAGAAGAGGAUGAAUAAUAAUGGUAGAAACAAGAUGGCUACGAGAUGUUCAAUCAUGUCUGCACGAGUUUGA